CUCUCCACAUCGCCAACGUUUCUCGUUGCGCUCCCUCGCCAUUCGCCUCUCACCGAUCACGAGCCUCAUCCUGCGACCCCCACCACCAUCCGUCGUUGUGUGCGCAGUGAAGUGCCCUGCUUCGUGCUUUUGUUGGGGGCGCGAAGGAUCCGGAGGGAUUGCUGGGUUUGUUUGUGAGUGAAUCUGGGGUUGGUAAGUUGGAUCGAGAGAGGGAAAUUGUGAUCUGAGAGUAUGAGAGUGAAGUGCCUGGGGAUUUAAGUCGCAUCGAGUAGAUUUGGGUGGUGUUUUGUUCCUUGGGUCGGGAUUUGUUGUUGAGGAGGGUCUGGGUGUUGUUCAUAGGAGUGGAAUUGUGAGCGGAUUGUUUAGCCUUUGACGACGCUUCCUGUGCGGAUUCGGGUAGUUGGGUAUCUGUGAAGUGGUGUUUUGGAAGUGUUCUCGAAGGAGGGGGAUUCGCGGAGUUGCCUGUGGUGGUUUUUUGGACCACUAAUUGCCCUCCGUCACCAUGAAGGCCUUGAUUUUGGUCGGUGGUUUCGGUACCAGACUGAGGCCACUCACUUUGAGUGUACCUAAACCCCUGGUGGAUUUCGCCAACAAGCCCAUGAUUCUUCAUCAGAUUGAAGCUUUAAAAGCAGUCGGAGUGGACGAGGUCGUUUUGGCCAUCAAUUACCAGCCCGAGGUGAUGAUGAACUUUCUGAGAGAUUUUGAGAAGAGCCUUGGCAUCAAGAUUACGUGCUCUCAGGAGACCGAGCCCAUGGGCACAGCAGGUCCUCUUGCAUUGGCAAGGGACAAGCUUGAUGAUGGCUCUGGUGAAUCGUUCUUUGUGUUAAAUUCUGACGUUAUCAGUGAAUAUCCUCUGAGGCAAAUGAUCGAUUUCCAUAAGAAACACGGUGGCGAGGCUACCAUCAUGGUCACUAAGGUCGACGAGCCUUCGAAGUACGGAGUGGUGGUAAUGGAUGAGUCAAAUGGUUGUGUUGAAAGAUUUGUUGAAAAGCCUCAGCAGUUUGUGGGCAACAAGAUCAAUGCAGGAAUUUACCUUCUGAGUCCGAGAACUUUGGAUAGAAUUGAACUCCGUCCCACCUCCAUCGAGAAGGAAGUGUUCCCCAAAAUUUCUGCAGAGAAGAGUUUGUUCGCUAUGGUCUUGCCAGGAUUCUGGAUGGAUAUCGGCCAGCCCCGGGACUACAAUACUGGCCUCCGACUCUACCUUGACUCUCUGCGGAAGAAGGCUCCUGAAAAGUUAGCCUCAGGAUCCACAUUCUUGGGCAACGUAAUCGUCGACGAGAGCGCCAAGAUUGGGGAGGGUUGUCUGAUCGGUCCGGACGUAUCAAUUGGGCAGGGUUGCACGAUUGAAGCAGGCGUACGUCUCUCCCGCUGCACAAUCAUGCGGGGUGUGCGCGUGAAGAAGCACGCCUGCAUUUCGGGGAGCAUCAUAGGGUGGCACUGCACCAUCGGCCAGUGGGCCAGAAUUGAAAACAUGACCGUGCUAGGAGAAGACGUACGCGUCUCAGAUGAGAUCUUCACCAACGGAGGAGUCGUGCUACCGCACAAGGAAAUCAAGGCCUCCAUCUUGAAGCCUGAGAUUGUCAUGUGAUUGCGCCUCUCAACUUGAAACCGCACAAAAAUCUCAUGAAAUCUGAAAUCCUCCUCUCAAUCAGGAGCUUGGCUGUUGUCAACUUUCCCAUAUAAGGUUUCUUUCUUAUUGGACAAGAUACUUAAGCCGUUUGCAGCACCAGCACCAGCACCAGCACCAGCAGCCCUGAAGAGCACCGAAACUUAUUUAUUGAUCAUGGUUCCUAACGUGAUUUGAGGGCUAAUUUUUUUGUCAUAUACGGACAGGUGAUACACACCUACAAGAGAAGUCGAUUCACCAGAGAGUGGCAUAGUGUGGAGACUCUGACUUAGCUAGUAAGAAGAUAGAUCAGUGAGACGGUGGUACUGUAGGUUGUUAGUUUUUCACCGUGCCUAGUGCUUUACCGAGUGAGGCAAUGUGCGGGUAGUGGACAUGGAAGGAGAGGAAAUUGCUUAACAUUGGGAUUCUGAAUAAGAAGAAGGAAGACACGAGCAGAUGCAGAUAGAUAACGUCACACGAAUGAUCAGAUCAGACACACGAUGGUGGGUAUGUCUAGUAUGAUUUUUUUUUUUAUGGGACCUGUUACUUCUAGGUGACUCGAGUUGGCACCACCGCUUGGGUUUUGUAUUAACAGAUGCUUUCAUUUGACUUGAAGUUUUACGCUUCCAUGCAUUCUGCUUCUUCCUUAA